AUGGAGGGCGAAAAAGAUUCAAACAAAAACAAAAAAGGGAAAAAAAGUGUAGAGAAAGGGAAAGACCUUUCUAAAAAAAGGGACAUGAAAAAUAGUCCAACCACACCAACAAAAUUAGUGCAAAGAGAAAGCGAGAACACCCCAACGGCGAAAAAUUUAAACAUGGCAAAAGAAGGCGAAGCAAGCAACGCUCCAAGCUCCCCGACAACAUAUCCGAGCUCUCCAGCAACAUCAAUGCCCUCAGAAGUUAUCGGCUACGUCCACAUUCUCUCUUCGCCGAUUCCUAACAAACGGAAAACUAUGAAAUACUCCACAUGCGUGCUGCAAACCCAAGACAAAGAAAUCGACACACUUCUUUACUCACCACGAAAGCGUGCAAUAAUUUCGGAGAGCGAAAAGACUCGUACACCCAUUAAGAUCAGAAAGUUCACUUUUACUCCAGAUUGUGAAAAGCUCAUCAUCAAUGAUAUGACGAACAUUUCUAAACCAACCCCAACUGAGUACUGUUUUCAGUACAACAAAUUAUCCUCGAGGAAGUGCAUAUCCCUUAAGGAAGUUCUAGAGUCCUCCGAAGAGGGCGAUCUAGUAUCAGUAAUCGGAAAAUUCGGCACCAUCGGCGAAAUAUCCAAUGUUGGUCGGGGCCUCAAAUUGGCGGAAGCUACACUUGCGGAUACGACAGCGCAGAUAGACGUAAGUUUGUUUGAAGAGAACAUCGCUUCUGUAAAAUCUGGGAGUGUCUACAUGAUGCGUAAUUUACGAGUACGCGUCUGGAAAAAUGUUAAAAAAUUAACAACAACUCCAAGUUCCAUUAUCGUAGAAACGGAAAACACAGAGAUAGCAGAGAUCGACGUCGACGUUACAUCUGAACACGACGAAACCGAAUUAACAGUGGUUGUCCCGUUUAUUACAUCUGUCGAGCAAAUCGAAUUGUAUCGCAUUUGUGUCCAGUGUUCAAAGAAAUUGUUGCAAGCUACAGCCAGCCUGAUUGUGAAGUGUGACAGGUGCACUCAUUCCAUGGUUCUUUCAAACUGUGAGAAGAAAAUGUCCGCACAUAUUACCGUCGCAAAUAAUAAUCCCGUCACCUUGAUGGUAUUGGACCACAACUUGCGAUCACUUAUUUCAAAUAUGGACGAAAUGUCAGAAGAACAAAUAAUCGAAACAUUAUUGCUGUUGAACAAUGUUAGUAUCAAGUAUGAUCCCGUCACACUUAUUGUGUCUGAGAUUAAACUUCAUUAG